CAUCCCCUGACUCAGACCUCUGUCUCUGCUUCGCGGCUGAUGGAAGAAUCGAUUCCGUGUCAAAUUGAAGUGUUGUAUUUUGCAAAAAGUGCUGAAAUAGCCGGCGUUCGCUCGGAGACCAUUUCUGUGCCACAGGAAAUCAAAGCAUCACAGCUGUGGAAGGAGCUCGAGAGUCUCCAUCCUGGGUUGGCUGAUGUUAGAAACCAGGUGAUAUUUGCUGUUCGUCAAGAGUAUGUCGAGCUUGGAGAUCAGCAACUCCUGCUUCAGCCCGGAGACGAGGUUGCCAUCAUCCCGCCAAUCAGUGGAGGAUAGUGCAUCUGAGCCGUCCGGGAAAGAUGUGGACGAUGUUCAGGAGGAACCUAAAGACAUAAUACAGUUCACUGCCGAGAAGCUCUCUGUGGGUGAAGUGUCACAGUUGGUGGUGUCCCCUCUGUGUGGUGCAGUGUCUCUCUUUGUAGGGACUACAAGAAAUAACUUUGAAGGCAAGAAAGUCAUUAGCUUAGAAUAUGAAGCAUAUGUACCGAUGGCAGAAAAUGAAAUCAGAAAAAUCUGUAAUGACAUUAGACAGAAAUGGCCCGUGAGACACAUAGCGGUAUUCCAUCGGCUUGGUUUGGUUCCAGUGUCAGAAGCAAGCACAGUUAUUGCUGUGUCUUCAGCUCACAGAGCCGCGUCCCUGGAAGCCGUGAGCUACGCCAUUGAUUCUUUAAAAGCCAAGGUGCCCAUAUGGAAAAAGAGGAGAGGACGACAGGGAGGACCGCAGAGGAGGCUCUGCCCUGAAGUGAGAGCAGGAAGAAAUAUAUGAAGAAUCAACCUCAUCUUGGAAAAGAAACAAAGAGUGCUUCUGGGCAGCUGGUGACUAGUCAAGUGUGGUGCGCUAAGUCUAAAAUUUGAUAAUCUCAUAGCUAACACAAACGGAGAAGUAGCCAAGUGCAUGAGUGUGUGGGAUGAGGGGCUGCCUAGGACCUAAAGAUGGGGAGAAAGGGCUUGACCUAAACCUGUGAUAAGGUGUCUGCAAUAGACCCAGCCUUCUGUGACUAACUCCUAACUAGCCAGCUCGCAGUGUGCUGCAGCCUGCCUUUUACCUUCAGCUGUCUCAGGAAGACCUCGCUGUCCCAGAGUGUACUGACAGCUUCACUAUCAGGCAUGUAUUACAAAAAACCUGGCAGAAUCAGAAACUCAUUUACAUAACGAAAAAGUGAAUCUAAAUAAAUCAUGAUUUAAACAGUCUAAAAA